AUGUAUGCCUCUCAGCAGGCUGGAAAUCCAGCUUUCAAUCAAUAUCAACAACCUCAAACCCAAGCUACUCCAAUAUCACCCCAAUGGUCAGGUCAGUCACAGCCGGGAUAUCAACAGCCCGUUAACCAGGGGCCCGCGAACUACGCAAAUCCAUACGACCAGAAAGUACCUUUCCCCCCCCAACCAGCAGCUCCGCCGAAUCUCCAAUUUCAACAGCAACCACCACAGCAGCAAUUCCAGCAGCAGCAAUUUCAAGCACAAGCACAUCCUCAAUUUUCUCCCCAAAAUACGGGAUUUCAACAGCACCAACAGUUUCAGCAUGCUCCGCAACAGCAGGCACCUCCUCUUGGUAUGGGGGUACCGCCGGUCCAACAGUACCACCCUCAGGGGAACCCAGCAUUUAUGCAAAACGCAGCACCACAGGCGGGGCAGACAUUCCAAGUCCAAAACUUCGCAGGUCCGGCACCUGGCGCACAGUACGGACGACACAAAAUCAUAGUCGCCUUAGACUUCGGAACAACAUAUUCAGGUCUCGCAUUUGCAGAUACAACCCCUGGAGAGCCACAGAUAUCUAUAAUCCAAAACUGGCCCAACUGCGGCACCCGCGCUCUUUCCCAAGUUCCUACUGAAAUCGCUUAUCCGACUACGGGUGGUCCGUUCUCGUGGGGUUACGAUAUUCAGCCUACACUCUCAAUUCUCAAGUGGUUUAAGUUAUUCCUAGAAUACCCGGACGAGGAAAUAGCAGGGCUGUGUGAUCUUCCACCUGGGAAGACUAUCGAAGACGUUGUUGCAGACUUUUUGAGCGCGGUGUAUCAACAUGCUAUUGCCCAGCUACACGUGCAGAGGGGCAAGGCGGUUAUGGAUAUCACACAGGUGGAUUUUGUUUUGACGAUUCCAGCGGUUUGGAAUGAACAAGCUUGCGCGAGGACAAAGAGGGCGGCAGAGCGAGCGGGAUUUGCAACAAACCAUACAUUGAAUUUGUGCACAGAGCCAGAGGCUGCAGCUUUAUAUACUCUAAGAUCUUCAGAGACAUCGGCAAACGUCGGGGAUAAGAUCAUUGUUUGCGAUGCCGGAGGCGGUACCGUCGAUUUAAUAUCUUACAACAUCCGCCGCAUUCAUCCUCGUCUCGAAGUUGAUGAAGCCGUUGUUGGUAGCGGUGAUACCUGCGGUAGCAGCUACAUUGACCAAUCUUUCGAAGACUUCUUCAAAACACGAAUGGGCACGCACUACGAUAGUUUACGGGUUGCUCAACGUCAGCGUGUAAUGCGAAACUUCGAAGAAGUAAAAUGCGGCUUCCGGGAUAGAGAAGACCAGGACACCUAUUCGGUGAUUGUACCUGGACGAGAUAAUAUUCCUGAGGCUAGAGUUGUGGAUGGCGAAUUCGAGAUCACAAGAGCAGAGAUGCGGUCGCUGUUUGAUCCAGUGAUUGAUAAAGUUAUUGAAUUGAUCGCGGAACAAGUUCGACAGAUCGCGCACGUGGAUAAGACGGCCAGCAAUAGGCAAAUUCUGUUAGUCGGAGGGUUUGGGCAGUCACCUUAUUUAUACAACCGGGUCGUCGCAUGGGCUAAACCGCAAGGAAUUAAUGUUCUACAGCCAAAGGAUGGUGAUGUCGCAGUAGUAAAAGGUGGUGUGAUAAGAGGAAUAGACCUUUCAGCCCCCCAGCAGGUUGGCAGCAUUGGUGACCCGACUCGCGCGAUGUGGAUACGAAAGUGCCGAAAGCAUUAUGGAACCCUUAUGAUCGCCCAUUUCAUUCCGGGCCAACAUCUCGAGGAAGAUGCCUUCUUUGACCCUCUCACCGGCCUAAAGAUGGCACGUAACCAAAUCUCCUGGUUUGUCUACAAAGGUGCCGAAAUCUCCGAUGAUAAAAAGAUAUCACAGCAGUUCCACCGCACUUUCCGAAAAACUACGCCAUGGGUCGAUACCAUCGUCGUUUGUGAGGAUGAUUUCCCACCUAUGAGAAUGACACCCCGAGUCAAAAUCCUAUGUAAAUUGACCGCGGAUCUGACAAAUCAAAGCAAGAGGAUUUUUGACGUAGAUUAUGGGUUUAUGAAAAAGAUAUUUACAUGUGCGUAUCGAGUGGAUAUGACAUUAAGAGCCGGGUAUAUGACAUUCGAGCUGGUGUAUAAAGGCAUCAGUUAUGGCGCAGUGAGCGUGGAGCUGCAGUAA